AUGGAGAGCGCCUGCUCCUCCGCUGCCCCCGCCCGACACUCGCUCACCUCUUACUCCAUCGACAGCAUCCUAGGCAGCCGGAGCCCCGACGCGGGACACCACGCCGGAGACCCCGUCGAGCCGCCGAACCCACCCCAGGCCCAUCCGAUGGCGGAAAAAAUGGCCCCAGAACUCCCGGCGGGGAGCGGCGCGGACCAGGGGAAGGGAGGAGAGGAAGCUGGGGGGAGAGGCGCGCCAAACAUCCCGGCGCAGAACGCAGCCCGCAACGCCGUCGAGGCUCCUGGGCCCGCGCCACCGAGGAAGCGCCGCUACCGGACAACCUUCAGCGACUCCCAGCUGGAUGAACUGGAGCGCUCCUUCCGCACGUCCCACUACCCCGACGUGGGCACCAGGGAGGCACUUGCAAAGAGCCUGGACCUUAAGGAAUCCAGAGUUCAGGUUUGGUUUCAGAAUCGAAGAGCAAAGUGGAGGAAACGAGAGAAAUCUCAAAUUUUAAGGAGAAAUCCGAACCUGGCCGCGACACAUCCCUUGGGUGUGUACUUGGAUGUGCCAUUCGGUGAAACACCUAUCCUCGACUCCAUAUGGAGGAGAUCAGUGCCAUUCCCACCCAUGGUUAUGCCAGCUUUGGCCCCACCUUUCUGCCCACCAGGCUUCACUCCCUUUGGCCUCACCUGGGCAUCCGUAUUCCAGAAUCCAGUCAUGAGCCCCCAGUUUGGAAGCUAUUUUGGUGGGUAUGGUGGGUUAACCCCCUUUCGGACAACUGCUUUGGCUUCAAUGAACGCACCUGAACCCCCAGCGGAGUCCGUUGCAACAGCCGUUGCUGAGCCCACCCGAGCUGAAAGGAGAGAUUCAAGCAUUGCAGAUCUGAGACUUAAAGCAGAAGAACACGCCCAAAAAAUCCCUGGGCCCACUUUUGCUAGUGCCAAUGAGGAUCUUCGUUAA